GGUAGUAGGUGAGAUAAGGAAGGUGGCGGCUUGAACAUGACGAUGAGACGCCAGAACGUGGGAAUCAUCCGCCCUCGUGCCAACAUCAACUGUAACUUUCACGGAAACGGGAAAUCCAUCCACGACAUAACUUACACAUCUCCGCCUCGGCCAUAAAAAUGCCAACAAUCCUGACGCGCCAUCUACUGGGGAUCAACAGAAGACUCGGAAUAAGUAUGUACUUUUUAGUCUCUGUUCUUUCUUUCGGUGUUUUGACUGCUUCCCUAGCAGGUGGACCGAGGCACACAAAACCGAACGCAGCGGAGCUAUUUUUUCUUCUUUGAAACGGGGACGGAGGAACUUUCGUGUGGGUGUAUUCGGAGUGAAUACAGCAGCGGCGGGCACGGAGGCGAGCAAAGGCCAGCUCGGCGAAGGCCGUGUUUCUGAACGUCAGCGCACGCGCCGGGCGCCAAUGGGUGCUACGCAGCUAGCUACUCUCGGCGCGCUGGGUUGAGUCGCCGUGACCUAGGGUCGUCGAGGAAGAGAGGCGGAGAAUGGAGAAUCUGCGCGCCUCCACCGGCCGAUGACGACGGGCGCGUACACUUCUGGUUGGGCUGGGUGUUCCAUCUAACUCUUCCAAGAGUGUAUAUGCGUCACAAUAGUUGCCUCUAUAGCACGGCGGAGUCACAGCGGCUCGUGGGCGCCCAUGUACAGUCAAUAGAUUUCAUGAAAAUUCCCAGAUAUCUUGGCUCGCAACCCAAAACGCCCAGCUUCGUCGACCCAGCCUUUCCGUCCUGGGAGGGCGCAGCCAGCGAUAUGUGCCCGAGUCUGAGUCCGAGGCCGGGCCCGAGGUAUGGGCCAACAGUAUGUACAGUUACAGCGAAUGGCUUACCCCGCAGCAUUGAACCAGCUAUGCUGUAUCUGGUUGACUUGACUUGACUUUGAUUCGGCCUAGUGACUGCAUGUCAAACUGUCAAUGCUGUGGUGAUCUGCACAAACCCCCUGGAGAAACAAGAUGCUCAGAAGUCAGAACCUGAUCUACGUUGUAUCUGCUGGGGUGGCAGUAUACUUAUCUCGGGGCCUCGGCUGGCUGCUCUCAAGGGACGCAAGCGGGCGAACAUACCUCAACAUACAGACUGGCACCGAGCAGACAUGGAGAGUCAAUGUAGCAGGAUAUGGAGCGAGGGACCCGUGAUUGACAUGAGCGCCGAUUAGCGUCUGCGGCGAGAUGUCAACAUCAUCGCGGCCGUUGUGGGUAACGUUGCAGUAGCC